AUGCUUGUUCUGGAUGCCGAUACAGGCGUGGUCAAUCCCAAUCAUUGUAUAGAAGAAUGGAUAGAUGACCGUGUGGACGUCAUUCUCUAUGAAAGGUUUUUCAAUAGUGAGAUUUCUGCUGCAAGUUUUAUGGUUCGCAAUUCUGAGUUUGCAAGAGAUUUUCUCAUGAAAUGGGCAGAUCGAGAGUUCACAUUACACAAGCGUUGGAACGGGCUGGACAAUGGAGUACUUCAUCUCCACCUCUUGGAUACGCUCAUUCCUGACGCCAUACAGGAGAGAAAGAAUUGUCAUGAUGUAUGGCUUAAUGCGACCUCGUAUGAGACCUAUCUGGCCGUUGUAUCUUGCGUUAGACAGGCACUUGGAGCCACACGUUUAUGGCCAGGGAAAUUACGUUUUUAUAGAAAAGCCCAUGGAUGGGUUCGUGAUGGCAUGCUCACCUCAAACAAGUAA